UGAUUCACAUCCGAAAUGGCAAGUGAACUGAUCAUGAUGUGUCGACAUUCUGACAAGUUUGCAGCAAUCCGGAUAACACGUGGGCAAGAUUUCGGCACAUUGGUUCAAAAAAUUUGUGAACGAUGGUCUGAUCUCGACCCGGAAUCGGUUAUCAUGAACUACUCUCUAGUGGGUGAAGAAGGUAUUAUAUUGGACAAUGACGACGACAUGUUGACCAUGUUCCGGCUUGCCCAGAGCCGUGGACUCGAAGAUAUAAUGGUUAAUGUAAAAGACGGAGCAAAAGAUUUUACUAAUGAUACCAUUGAAGUUGGGAAUAAAAAAUCUGACAUUGCUAGCAGUUCGAAGGGGAAGCAAGUCAUUGUCUAUGAGGAUGAGGACGUCAUUCCUCAAUUUUGUUCCCACAAGAAAGUUAAAUUGCUAACUUCGGAUUGGUCGGAAGGGAUCACCACAGUGGGUCAGAUUUUUGAGGGUGGGGCGUUGGAGUUUAAAUCCGUGUUGCGGAAGUAUGCUAUUGAGCGCGGGUGCGAAUAUGCAUUGGCCAAAAACGACAAGGUGCGUGUUACCGCCCAAUGCAAAUAUCGGGCGGACAAAGGUUGCAUGUGGCAUGUCCAUGCCAGGAUUUGCCCGGGAAAUGAGUAUUUUUACAUAAAGGGGAUGGAUCUAGUUCACAUCUGUGGUGUUGCUGUCCGGACACUGAACAACCCGCAUGCCACUGCGAAACUUGUCACUAAUUUGGUUGGUGAUGAUGUCAGGGCCAAACAUCAAACACGGCCCGUCGAUGUUGUUAAAGUAAUUAAGAAAAACUAUGGACUUUACAUUUCCUACCAUUAGGCAUGGUGGGGAAUUGAGAAGGCCAGAGGUCAAGUGUUUGGUGAUUAUGUAAAGUCAUUUUCCAGCUUGAAAUGGUAUAUCGGCGCAGCAAAGAGCGUCAAUCCGGGGAGCCACAUUGAGUUAGAGUCGGACGACGAAACCAAACGGUUCAAGAGGGUAUUUGUGGCUUUUGGGGCAUGCCUUAAUGGAUUCAAUAGUUGUCGUCCUUUAAUUUUCCUCGAUGCAGCCCAUCUUAAAGGGAGGUACAGGGGAACGAUACUGGGUGCCACCGGGAAGAAUGGGGACCAAGGGAUUUAUCCAAUAUGUUUUGCGGUUGUUGAUUCCGAAACUUAUGAGAAUUGGCGCUGGUUUUUGGAGCAUUUACGAUUAGUUCUUGCGCCUGGGAGAAAUACCACAUUUAUAUCUGACCGUCAUAUGGGAUUGCUUAUGGCUAGGCGGGACAUAUUUCCAGAGUCGGGUCAUGGGUAUUGUCUUCUUCAUUUGAAGCGGAAUUUAAGAGAUCAUUUGAAAGGAACGACAAGAGCUCAUAGAGAGAGGAUGGUCAGUUUGUUUGUUCGAUGUGCAUAUGCUCCUACACGGGAGAUUUUCCACCAAACCAUGUCAUCAUUGGUGAGUUCUGGUGGAUAUAAAGUGAAGGAAUUCCUUACAAAUUUACACUAUGAGAAUUGGAGCAAUGCAUUCUUCCGGGGUCAACGCUAUGGCGAAAUGACUUCUAAUGUUGCUGAAUCAUUCAACUCAUGGAUCGAGGACGAGAGGCACCUUCCAAUCACUACUCUUGUUGAUGCUUUAAGAUUGAAGAUCAUGAACAUGCUGUCAAACCGGAGAGACGAAUCAAGGAAAUGGGUGGGCAAAGUUUGCCCCGAAAUGGACAAGAGGUUGAGGGCAUCAUUCAACGAGUCGAGGACAUGGGUAGUGAGUGCAGCCGGUGAUGGUGUCUAUGAGGUGCACUCAUUUCCAAACGUAACAGUCGACAUUAAUAGGCGCAUUUGUUCAUGCCAAUCAUGGCAACUUACUGGGUUUCCAUGCGCCCACUCGGUUGUCGUGCUUGCUUCGUGUGGAAAGGAUAUAACUGACUAUGUUGACCCAUACUACUUUACACAAACAUUCUGCGCUGCUUACUCAUACUCGAUUCAGCCUAUUCCAACUGUGUGGAUGCCGGAACGUCCAAUUGAAGAGGAUUUCCUCCUUCCUCCACUAUGCAAGAAGCCUCCUGGGAGACCCAGGAAUAAACGAAUUCCGUCAAGAGGGGAGAACGUGUCUCUUAUUAGAUGCGGGAGAUGUCACAAGAUGGGGAAACACAAUCGGAAAUCGUGCAAGGAGGCUAUGUAACUUUGCUCCAACCAAAGUACACUACACUGGGAGUUUAUUGGAGUUUAAGAACCCCAAAUAAGUGGUGUUUUUCCACAUUUCUAUUAGGUUUCUUUAAAGUUAUUAAAUAAUAUGUGCGGUUCAACCACAUAUUUAGGAACUAUCUAAAUUUGUAGGCUGCAACUUUUGUUUCAUGAUGUUCUGCCAUAUGCAAUAAACUUUUGUUUUAUGAAUAUCCAAUACUAACCAUGGUAGGUAAUGCAAGUAUAAUGAGGUGAACCUUAUUUCUUGUUAAGUCUUGUAUAACAUGGUAUGAAUAG